UCAGGCGCUUCACGCUCCAGUGUUGCUGGAGGCUCUGAGGUGCGGAGCUGCGUCUCUCGUCCGUCGCUGCAGAAAACAGCCGCUCUCGCUCUCGCCGCCGUCCUCGGCUUUUGUUUUGCUUUUUGAAGUUCACCAGCGUCUGGGUUGAAAACUCUGUCCCCUUGCCGUAGUUACUUCCAUCAACAUCGCUUUGUUUCGCCCCCCCCUAUCCUGUGAUCUGCUGAAGUGGAAGCUGCGUCUCCUCCGCUGCGACUACCGGCGCGGAUGUGCGGCUGUUCCCCUGCUCACCAUGACCGGCUGAGUCACCAACUUUAGCUCCUAACAGACAGGCAGUCUGAUGUCAUGGUAGCUGGCUGGUGAGAGGAAGUUCCCAUGGCGUCGAGGAUCGCCGGAGGCUAUAAAUAUGUUGGCCGGUCAAAGAGCAGAAUAUUUGCCAUGCUACAUGGGAAGGCUUUGAACUCCUGCCUGGUCGUCUUUCUUCCUCUCUUCAUCAUUGCCACUGCCAAUGCUCACUCCUACCCACGGUUUUCCCGCAAUGACACCGAGUUCCAGCACCUUGUGCUGCACCCGGACCCUGCCGUGGGGACGGUGUACCUUGGCGCCAGGAAUCACCUCUUUCAGCUGGAUGGGUCAGACGGACUCAGGCUGGAGCAAGAGGAAACCACCGGCCCGGUGAGCGACAGCAAAGACUGUGUUCCUCCAGUCACAGAGAGCCACUGUCCCCAGGCCAGAGUAACCAGUAAUCACAACAAGCUGCUCCUGGUGGAUCCAAAGGCGUUGGAGCUAAUCACAUGUGGCAGUGUUCAGCAGGGAACGUGCCAGAAACGAAGCUUGGGAUCCAUCAAGAAAGUCCUCUUCUCUGCUGAAAGGCCUGCGGAGACUCAGUACGUCGCAGCCAACGAUCCGUUAGUCUCAACUGUUGGGUUGGUGGUUGGAGUUCCUGGCGGAGAUAGGACAGUGAUGUACGUGGGUCGGGGCUACACUGCCGGCCACCCACCCAUCUCCACCCGCCACCUUUCAUCAGAACUCAUCUUUUCCUAUGAGGACACCGCCAAGCUGGCUGUAGCAGGACGCCUGUCAGAAUACGACCAUAAUUUCAUAACUGCUUUCACACGCCGCUCGUACGUGUACUUCCUGUUUUACCGCCGGGACAUCAAGUCAGCAUCGAGGGACUACCAGACUUAUGUCGGCAGGGUAUGCCUGGAAGACACCUCCUACUAUUCUUAUGUGGAAGUUCCCCUUGUCUGCCAAUCUCCAUUUUCUCCUUCCAUGAACUAUAACCUGCUUCAGGCAGCCCAGGUGGGCCAAGGUGCGGGCCAGCAAGGCGAAGAUCUGCUGGGAGUCUUCUCUGCUCGCACUGGCUCAACAAACAGCCCCUUGGAUCCCUCGGCCUUGUGCGUUUUCCCUCUGGAGGAACUCGACAGGCACAUCGACUCCACCCGUGACCUCUGCUACACCCACAAGGGGUUUGUUGAGGGUAGAGGGGAGGUGGCCUACAUAGAGUAUGAGGUCAAGUCCAGCUGUGCCAGCCUCCCUCCGAACACCCUCAAAGCGUACCCGUGCGGUUGGGACCACACCCCCAGUCCCAUGGCCAGCAGAAUACCGCUGGAAGCUAAAGCUGUGUGGCAAACCUCCGGGGCCCGUCUCACCGCUGUGGCCGUCAGCGUCAGAGAGGGACACAGCAUCGCCUUCUUGGGAGACGCCAAAGGAAAUCUUCACAAGGUUUAUCUUGGCAAGGAUGGGACGGUGGAGGUGUACGCAAACUCAACGAUACAACCCAACUCCCCUAUCAACAGUGAUCUGCUACUUGAUGACCGUGGCUCGCACAUCUACAUUAUGACCAGAACCGCACUGGAGAAGCGUCCCGUAGCAGAAUGCGGAGAUCACUUGGACUGCCAGUCGUGUCUUUCUGCCAGAGACCCGUACUGUGGUUGGUGCGUGCUUGAGGGACGGUGUGGCCAGCGGUGGGAGUGCCAGCGAGGGUCUGUGCAGGGCCAGUGGCUGUGGAGUUUCAACCAGACGCAGCAGUGCCUCAGCAUACAGCGCCUCAGCCUCUACAACAUCAGCCGUGAAGAGAAAGCAGAUAUUGCAUUGUCAGUGGAGGGUGUGCCCAGUCUCCGGCAAGACGAGGCCUACUCCUGCUUCUUCCAGGACACAGAAACCCCAGCCUUGCUCACCACCACCGGUGUGAUAUGCUCCACCCCAGACGCCAGCAACCUGCCUCUGAUUGCUCCAGGAGAUGAGUUUGUGACUGUGACCUUGGCUCUGCGUUUCAUUAACGUGACUGUAGCUGAGACAGAAUUCACCUUCUACAACUGCAGCCUGGUGCAGGAGCUUUCUGGGCGCAGACCAUGCCAAGGGUGUGUCAGCAGCCGCUGGGGGUGUAACUGGUGUAUCCAUGAGCAUGUCUGCACACAUAAGCUGACCUGCGGCCAAGGAGUCACCAUCCACAACCAACAUUUCACACCACAAACACCCAGCAUCCCACUGCCAACCAGAAAUACCACUCCAUCACCUCCUUCUGUUCUCACCGCUCCAACAACAACAGCGACAACCGCUGCAACAACACAGUUGCCACCCACAGAGACAUCUGCCGCCACCACCACAGCAGCUGUCUCCUCAGCAGCCAUCACAGAACCCCCCCGCACCGGGCCUAGUGCUGAAUCCAGCACGCCAGCUCCCCGCUCCACAACGUCCCCCUUCGUCAGGCUCCCCACCCAGGCCAGCACCGCUCGCACCGACGUCUCCACCGCGGACGGGGCCCUCUUCAACACAAAGGGAGUCACAAAAGAAGCUGUCGGUUCUCUAAGUGGCUCUUUAGAAGACCGGGACACCUUAAAUGUCACGGAUGAAAUGAGGCCCACGGCAUUCCCGAGCAGCACCAGUGGCUACACAGACGCUCUCCUGAGGAUUUUAGACCCUUCUGGUGAAGCCGUGGGUUCUUCUCCCACGAUAAGCUCUACUACUUCCAGUGAAGUGGCCCCUUUAAUAGACCCCUCUAUCAGUGAGGAAGAGGAGGCCAUUCCUCUGGCCACUUCUGAGGAGAAUGUCUCACCUCCGGGGCUUAGCGGCGGGGACAGGCCAGAGGAAGACACGGAGACGGACCUUGAAACGACGCCAUCUGUCGCCCGUUCGUUCACCUCGACACAAUCGCCAGAAACGUUUGUUGACGUCAGCUCUGAAUCUCCAACAUACCUCCAGUCUGAUUCUUCUUCUGAGUCUUUUACUCUGGAAUGCCCAUGUGUGGAGAGGGUUCAGGAUUCUUCUCUGCUCCCUGUCAACGUGGAGAGGAAGAUCACGUUGGUGGGCCAACACCUACACCUGUUUCAGGACGAAGGGUUGGAGUAUGAGUGUGUGCUGGACGUGGAGAAUCAGUCGGUAGUUGUUGAGGCCUCCGUAGAGCCAGAUGCUGGUCAACCAUCAGUCUUCUUUAUCACCUGUCAACCACACCAGUAUGUUUAUUCCCUAUUGAUGGAGGAAUACUCAGCAACGAUCAACGUGAGGAGAAAAAACAACUUCCUCAUUGACAGCGCUGAGGAUCUGCAUGUGACCCUGUUCAACUGCUCAGUGGGGCGAUCCGACUGCAGCCGCUGUCGAACGGCUGACCCGAAGUACGGCUGUGUCUGGUGCGGUGGAGCUGCCAGCUCCAGCUGUGUGUAUCGAGACUCCUGCGUCGACGAGAUCAAGCACACAUGUCCUGCUCCUGUCAUUGACUCUCUGGUCCCGGAAUCCGGUCCAAUCGAGGGAGGCACAGUCGUAACCAUUUCCGGCUCUAAUCUUGGUCAGAGGGCUGAAGACAUCGAUAGCUCCGUCACGGUGGCCGGAGUCUCGUGCAGCGUCAUCCACAGCAGAUACGAAGUCUCCUCGAGGAUAGUGUGUGAGACUAAAGCCAGCGAAGUGGAGAAGGAAGGCCAUGCCUCGGUCAGAGUAAGAGGAGGAGGACAUGGGCGGUCAGCUCAGAUAUUCAGUUUUCAGAAUCCUGUCCUCAGGAGCAUUUUUCCUUUAAGAGGGCCCAAAGCUGGGGGCUCGGCCCUCACCAUCAAAGGUCAGAGACUGAGGACGGGGCAUCCGAGAGAGGUCGGGGUUCUGAUCGGAGGAGUGCCCUGCAUGGUGCUCGACAUCCAGGAGGAGCACAUCAAGUGUCUGACCAGAGGCAGCAACCGAACAGGGGAGCACAGCAUCAUGGUCCGGUUUGGUGGGGCAGAGCGCCAUCUGCAGGGCCUGAUGUAUCACUACACGCCUAACCCCAACAUCACAAAGGCGGCGCCGUCCAAAAGCUUCCUCAGUGGAGGGAGGAUCAUCAAAGUCGACGGCCACAACCUGGAUGUGGUCCAGGAGCCAAAAAUGAGAGUGACCCUCAGUCCGCCUGACGCUCUACCUCCCAGACGGAGACGGAGCGUCGGGAAGAAGGUUAAAGACCACCCUAACAGAGGACAGAUCCACCGGGGUCCGCUGAGGAGGUGGAGGAGGAUUGUUCCAGAGGCACACUGCCCGGAGGGAACGCUCUGCCACGUGAAACAAUAUGAAUCCCGCUGCACGGUGCACAACUCCACUCUCAUCUUGUGUCCGACUCCUGCUGUGGGUUCAGAGGCCAAAGGGGCCAGGGUCAAAGUUCACUUCCUUCUGGACAGCCUCCAUUUCGACUUCGGCGCUGUGGGCGGUGAGGCCUUCAGCUACGAGCCCAACCCCAGGCUGUUCGUGUUGAACAGGAACGACCCGAGCAAGCCGUACCACCACAAGCCCGGCAGCAUCAUCUCCGUCGAGGGAGAGAACCUGGAUCUCGCCAUGUACAAGCAGGAGGUGGUGGCCAGGAUAGGAGGGGGCUUGUGUGUGGUGAAGACCCUGACACACAACCACCUGUACUGUGAGCCGCCGGCCCAGCAGCCCUCCAUCCCAGCCAAUAGGAACCAGGACGGCAUGGAGAGUCUGCCUGAGUUCACUGUGAAAAUGGGAAACCUGAACUUCUCCCUGGGCAGAGUGCAGUACGACAUCCAGGCACAGUCUACCUUCCCUCUGGAGGCUCAGGUGGGAGUGGGCGUGGGAGCCUCCAUUGUGGCUCUCAUUGUGCUCAUCAUAGUGCUCAUCUACAGGAGAAAGAGCAAACAGGCCAUGAGAGACUAUAAGAAGGUCCAGAUCCAGCUGGAAAACCUGGAGACCAGUGUCAGGGACCGCUGUAAGAAGGAGUUCACAGACCUGAUGACAGAGAUGAUGGACAUGUCCAGCGAUUUAGUGGGCUCGGGGAUUCCCUUCCUCGAUUAUCGGGCCUACGCAGAGCGCAUUUUCUUCCCGGGCCACCAGGAGUCGCCACUGAGACGAGAUCUGGACGUCCCGGAGAGCCGGAGACAGACAGUGGAGCAGGGCCUGGUCCAGCUGUCCAACCUGCUCAACAGCAAACUCUUCCUCACCAAAUUCAUCCACACGCUUGAGGUUCAGCGGACAUUUUCCCCCAGGGACCGGGCCUACGUGGCCUCUCUGCUGACCGUGGCCCUGCACGGUAAACUGGAGUACUUCACCGAUAUCCUCAAAACGCUGCUGAACGACCUGGUCGAACAGUACGUGGCCAAAAAUCCCAAACUCAUGCUGAGAAGAACGGAAUCAGUGGUGGAGAAGCUGCUGACAAACUGGAUGUCGAUUUGCCUCUACACCUUUCUGAGGGAAUCAGCGGGGGAGUCGUUUUACAUGCUGUUCAGAGCGAUAAAACACCAGGUGGACAAGGGACCCGUGGACGCCGUGACAGGAAAAGCCAAGUACACUCUCAAUGACAACCGGCUGCUACGAGAGGACGUGGAGUACCGGACGCUGACUCUGAAUGUUGCGAUGCCGGCUGGAGCUGCCAGCGGAGGCGCCACCAAUCAGACGGUCCCGGCGAAGGUCCUGGACUGCGACACCAUCACCCAAGUGAAGGAGAAAGUUCUGGAGCAGUCCUGGAAAGGAAUGUCCUUUUCACAGCGGCCGCACGUCGACUCACUCCAUCUUGAGUGGCGGGCAGGGGUUGCAGGUCACCUCAUCCUGUCAGACGAGGACCUGACCUCAGUGGUGCAAGGCUCCUGGAAGCGCCUCAACACAUUACAGCACUACAAGGUUCCUGAUGGAGCGACCGUGGCCCUCGUCCCCAGAAACAACAAGCACCACCUUCAUGACAGCCACGAUUACAUGCCUGGAGAAAAGACCCCAAUGUUGGAUGAUGGGGAGGAAGGUGGCGUGAGACUUUGGCAUCUGGUGAAGGCCAGCGACGAGUCCGAGCUGCCGAAGCACAGGAGAGGCAGCAUGAGGGAGAAAGGAGGGGAGCGAGCGAAGGCCAUCCCUGAGAUCUACCUCACACGGCUGCUCUCCAUGAAGGGCACGCUGCAGAAGUUCGUGGAUGAUUUAUUUACUGCCAUCCUGAGCACCAGCCGUCCCGUGCCUCUGGCUGUCAAGUACUUCUUCGACCUGUUGGACGAGCAGGCGCUGCAGCACAACAUCCCGGACCCGGAGACCAUCCACAUCUGGAAGACUAACAGUUUACCUCUGCGGUUCUGGAUCAAUAUCCUGAAGAACCCCCAGUUCAUAUUUGACGUGCAAACCUCCGACCACGUGGACGCCGUGCUGUCCGUCAUCGCCCAGACCUUCAUGGAUUCCUGCACCAUCGCUGACCACAAGCUGGGAAGGGAUUCUCCCAUCAACAAGUUGCUGUAUGCCAGAGACAUCCCACGUUACAAGCAGAUGGUGGAGAGGUACUACGCUGACAUCAAGCAGACCAUUUCUGCCAGUGACCAGGAGAUGAACUCGGCUCUUGCAGAACUCUCCCGCAAUUAUGCAGCUGAGGUCAACUGCCACGUGGCUUUACAUGAGCUGUACAAGUACAUCAACAAAUACUAUGAUCAGAUUAUCACAGCUUUGGAAGAGGACGCCACAGCUCAAAAGAUGCAGCUUGGUUACAGACUCCAACAAAUCGCUGCUGCUGUGGAGAACAAGGUAACGGACCUAUGACCCUGGCGCCAGGGGUGAUGUUGUCUUGACUCGUGAAGGGAAGGCCUCGUCAGAAAAACGUGUCCUUUGAUUUUUCCUGGACAAAAAAAAAACUAACAGAAAAAAAAAACAAGCUAUUUUUGUCUAAGAACAAAAGAUAACAAGGAAACGCUGCGACCCGAACUGUGACAUCGUCGGACGGACCGGCUUUACGCGGAGAGAGAGGCUGACGCUGAAGGAUCGGAGCGCGUUUCUGCUGAUGCAAGUCGUCCUCUCGCCGGGAGAAAAAGGGACGCCACUUCAGCACGGAGGGAAGCGCGGGAAAAAGAAUGUGGAAAGAAGCACACGUCAAAACAUUUUACAUUCACUGGUUUUCCUCCUCGGAUUUAAGUCUGAAAUAAAGAGACAUUAUGAAAAAAAAAAAAAAAACAAAAAAAAAAAACGGUGAUCUGGACAAACGCCACAGCACAUUCCCACCUGACAAGGUUGGCUUUUUAUUCCAGGGGGAAGAGUUUGCUCUAUACGUCGACACUGUUACAGCGUUUUCUUUUUUUCUCCUCUCUCUCUCUCUUAAGUCUUACGUACUGGAAACACACACACAGUGACGCUACGUGGCGUUUUUAAGGAAUUUUUUUUAGUUUUUUUUGCUCUUCCUGUUUCAAAGCCCUUCUUCCAAGUCCUACUCUAUGCCUCUGUGGAUUUUCUUUCCAUUGAUUUUUGCUUCUGUAGAUUGUUGCUGCCUCGAUUACAUUACAAGAAGGGACCACUGUGGGUCUUGUUUUUCUACAUUUGGCAAAAGACGGCUGUUUUGGCUCAUUUUCUCAAACGUCGAUGCACAUUUUGUAGGAUUUUUUCUUUUAUUUGUAAUGCCCAAAAUAAUUUGGAUCAUAUCACCUCAUUACUGUACCUUAAAUAAUCAAUUUUUCUUUAAGAAAUCUAGAGACUCUUUUUUUUUUUCUUACAUAUAAUUAAAAACUGGGUCCUACUGCCAGUUAGUGAAUGCAUCACAGUAAGAGCAAUCAUGCCACGCUGACAACACUCUUAAGUAUGAUAGCCGUUACAGAUUGAAGAUGCAAAACGGCUAAUUUUGUGUCAUAAGGUGGUUGGGGAAUAAAGUUAGAAGAAGCACAGAGAUGUGAAAACUAUCUAAAAAAGACAAGAUUGUGAGAGAGAGCAAAAGUAUCAGUAGAUAACAGGAAGGCUCCAUUAUUCUUCUGGGCUGUUGGAUCCUCUGUUGCUGCACAACAGAUCUGACAGAGAUCUGAAAAGUUGUUAUAGGGAUUUAUAUUCUGUAGAAUAUACUCAUGAAAUUGGCUAAAAUCAAUAUAUCAGGUUGAAGCUGGACAGACAAACAGCCACAAAUCUGUGAUCGGAGAAUCUCCACACAUUAAUUAGCCCCUCAGUCCCAACAUAUGAAUUUAGAUUUGGUUUCUUCUCUCCAAGAUUUCUUUGCCAGAAGCUCGUGAACUGUUGCAGGACAUAAAGGAAUAGUGACAAAUUUUAAAUCCAAUACCUUUUGUAGAUUCUCUGUUUAUACAUUGUCUAAAUUUCAUUUGUUUUGCAUUACCUGCACAAUUUUUAUUCAUUUUAUUUUUAUUUUGUGCGUGUGUGUGUGUGUGUGUGUGUGUGUGGGGGGGUUAUUUUAAUGAGCCAAUUCAGCCCUGCUUGUUAAUACUGUGUGAAUAAGGAGCUGAUUGCAUCCUCUGUUGUGUUUUUCCACAGAUGUUUCUACUGAUAAAUCAGCUGUGCCCGGUUUUUUCGCUUUAAUUAACAUUUCUGUCGUUGCUGUCACUGUGGAUGUCAGAUUUUAGCCGCCUUGUGGCGGAGCGAAGCUUUUUAUCUUGUGAAUAUUUCAGUCGAUAGGACCACUCUUGAAACGAUGUGCCUCUUGCUCCGCGACGCCACACGCGGAAGGCUUUUAGCUGUUGUUUUUGAAUUUAAUUUAUUGUUUAUUUAUUUUAUUGCUCAUGCUGUUGUUUUUUUUAUUCCUGUCAGGCCUACACAACCGUGGUUGUUGUGCCGUUCCAAUUCAGAUUCUUGUCUUUGUCGUAGAAAAGCAGCUGUGCCUUUUCUUUGUACCGCGUGGUGUUUCUCUAAGAUAACUGUAAAGGAUCGAGUCAAAAUCAAAGGCACUAUCAGAUGAAUCAGUCUUUUUUUUUUUUCAUUAUAAACUACUGUAGUUGGAGAUUAUGAUUUCACAUUGCUAGAAGCGGUAACAUUGUACAUAAAAAACUCUUUUUUAAUUUUUUUCACCUUGCACAUUAAUGUUGCCUGCAGAUGAUGUGUAUGCAGAUUGUCUGAUGUCUGUUCUGUAGAUAACAUACCGUUCCCCAGUAAUCUCCACUCUUCUUCUCUGACUAACUGAUAGGAUGAGCCUAACAACAGCUUCAUUUGAUGCAAUAAAGUGGUUCAUAUGUACACGGA